GAUAUCAGUAUAAAUUUAUGUUGACCGCGGCAAACAUUUUCAGUGCUAAGCAGUAACGCGCUCAGUUCGAUUCUGUCAGAGGCUCUUCAUGCCCCAUUUCGUCAGAAUGCGUAUAUUAACAUUGCUCUUGGGGCUUGUCAUUAGCUUGGGAUAUUCGAAUGGAUACCACUUCUUAAUGGUCUUAAACUCUCCUGGUCGAUCCCAUUUCAAUGUCGGACAAGCCUUAGCCAAGGGCUUAGUUAACGCCGGUCAUGAAAUCACAGUGGUUUCGGUAUUUCCACAAAAGAAGGCUAUUCCUGGUUAUCACGAUAUAAAUGUACCGAAUAUAAUAGCUGCAAUGAAGGGUGACAUUGCUGCCUUGUGGGAUUCGAUCAAUAAACCUUUGACACAGAAACUCAUAGAUCAUUAUCAAAUGGGUUUCCGACUCACAAGAGGUCUUUUCGUGGACCCUAACUUCCAAGACCUCAUGAAGAGCAAUCGCACUUAUGAUGCCAUCAUCUGUGAAACAUUCUACAACGAUGCCCAAUACGGAUUGGCGGAACAUUUUAACGCUCCUCUCAUAGGAUUAAGUACUGGAGGAGGACUAACUUUUAUCACAGAUAUGGUUGGCUCUCCAGCUCCAGCUUCUUUCGUGCCACAUAUAAUGUUGCCAUUCAACGAUCACAUGUCGCUCUAUGAACGUUUUGUUAAUGUUGCUUUUUUGGCCUUUGAAAGGCUCUUAUUGGACUACUACUACCUACCAGGACAAGAAAAGCUUUAUAAAGAGUUUUUUCCAAAUAAUAAGCACAGCUUCUAUGAAAUGAGACGAAAUGCUUCACUGGUUCUCAUUAACCAACAUGUAUCUUUAAGUUUUCCACGACCCUAUUCGCCCAACAUGAUCGAAGUAGGAGGCAUGCACAUUGACGGAAAGUUAAGUCCUCUUCCAGAAAAAAUAGAGAGAUUCCUGAAUGAUUCAGAACACGGAGCCAUCUACUUCUCAAUGGGCUCUAAUCUUAAGAGUAAGGACCUGCCACCAUCCAAAGUCGAGGAGAUCCUAACGGCUUUCCGAGGGCUAAAACAGCAUGUUCUUUGGAAAUUUGAGUUGGACAAUCUGCCCAACAAACCAGAAAAUUUGUUUAUUUCUGACUGGUUUCCACAAACCGAUAUACUGGCGCAUCCGAAGGUGUUGGCUUUUGUGACCCACGGAGGUAUGCUGAGCACCACAGAAUCCAUUUAUCAUGGCAAGCCAGUGAUUGGUUUGCCGAUUUUCAGCGAUCAGUUCUUUAAUAUGGCUCAUGCUGAGCAAGCUGGAUACGGUAUCAUGUUGGACUUUAAGAAUUUAAAGGCGAAUGAUUUCCGUGCGGCCAUUGAAAGGAUCGUUAGUGAUGCAAAUUACACAGAUGUAGUUCGUGGCAUGUCCUUUAGAUACCGCGAUCAGCAGCAAACGCCUCUGGAAAAUGCCAUUUAUUGGGUGGAGCAUGUGACCCGUCAUCAAGGAGCUGCCUAUCUCAAGAGUGCUGCCCAGGGGUUAAACUGGUGGCAGUACCACAAUGUUGAUGUGUUUUUGAUUAUUUUAGGGAUUUUUAUAACCCUAAUAAUGCUGCCUUUUGCAAUUCUAAGACUGAUGAAAAUGUGUUUUGUUGUUAAAGUCAAAAAAGAAAAGAAAAUUAAGCAAAAUUAG